CAGAGAACAUGGAAAUGUUUGCUAUAACUGCGCCACUCUGCUCCACGCUGAUGUUUGUCGUGUACGUCUCUGCAGACCAGAAAAACAUCACAGCUGGACAGGACGUCAAUCUGACAUGUCGAGCUCAGAACAACAACAUCCACAUUGUACAGUGGAGCAGAGCUGAUCUGAAGCCAGAAUUUGUUCUUGUUUACCGGAAUGGAACGUUUCUUACAGCCAACCAGCAUCCAUCUUUUAAGAACCGGGUGGAUCUGCAGGACAGACAGAUGAAGGAUGGAGACGUGUCUUUGAUUCUGAAGAAUGUGACGAUUAAUGACACUGGAACAUACGAGUGUCGUUUUGCUAAGAAAGAACCAAACCAAACAACAGUCAAUUUGAUUCUCACCAGCAUCAUCAACCUGAAGGUUUUUGUUCCUCCAGGUCCAACAGGUGGACCAAAGAAGGAUGAAGACAACAGAGAUGAAGGAAAGGACGACAGAGGGAAGGAGGAUGGAUCUGUUGGACUGAUAGUUGGUCUGUCAGUUCCUGCUGUGCUUCCUUUUGCUUUUGUUAUCUUUUUGAUUUACAGAUGUAGGAGACAGCAGAGUGAGGAAACAAACCAGCCUCCUGUUGACCUGCAGCAGGUUUAAAUGUCUCAGAGCUUUUUCCAGCUUUGAGUCUGCUGCUGCUGUUCAGAGUUCUGGGUGUUGUCAGUGUUUAAAAUCCUGCAGAAACAGAUGAACUGAGCACAGCCAGCAGGCCCACAGUACUGUAUGUUUAUUUCAUUUUUCUCCUUAAUGGCUGCUUCUGUUUCUGCUGACAGCUCAUCUCAGUGGAAGAGUUUCAUCUUUAAAACAAGUCUUUACAUUUCAGCUCUGUAGUUAACUGGAACAUCCAGAGGGCUGUGACUACAAAUCAUCUUCAACACAGUCAGGCUUUCUUUGUGUUAGCUGGCUCAACUAAACCUGAAACUGCAGUCAGAGACAGCAGGUAUCACCAUGGUGGUUAUUAACUUUCUCUGCUUCAGGCUCUGAGCACGCUCUGAUGAAAAGGAGCGUUUCAUGUAUCAUGUGACUUUUCUUCUAAACAAAAUGAUCCCAGUGAGCGCCACCCAGUCCAAUCAGAGACGUUAUUCAUUGAUAACUUUACUAAUGUCUCCACUAAAUUAAUACAGGUACAUUCCUGUAACAACGAGAUGUGCAGUUUAGGUUCAUUCAGUGGUUUCAGUACGUUACAGUUUAACAAGCUGCACAUAUGAGACAUUUUCCCCCAGCAGAGGAUCUACAUCACAGUGAAAACAUGGCUCUAACAGCUUAUUUAAAAACAAAACUCUGAACAUGAUCUGCUCCUGUCCAGGUGAUUUUUCACCAUCAGUUACCAUGGUGAUUUAGCCUCUUUCUGACACAGAAAGCUCUGACUUUGAGUUUGACACAGCUCACUGAGACAUUAGUCUGGUUUGUAGUGCACGCCUCUGAGGUUCAGAUUUUCAAAGUUAUAAAAUCUCAAAGUAAAACACUGUAAAGAUUAAAACUCUACAGCUGCUGUCAACAAAAACAACUUUUAUCUCUUUAAUCAAAUGAAGGAAAAACUUGAACAUUUUUCACUUUGAUGGUUUUGUGUCCACUGACAGUAGUCACAUCAUUUUGAGCUCAGAUUACACAUUUAUGAAAUAUGUUCACAACUGAAUGUUUUAUCACGAUCUGAUGUGUGAGUUCAGUUUCUCUUUAUCUUUGUGAGCUGUAUGGUUUGUUUACCCUCAGUAUCCAUGGUUACAGGAUACUGUGUUACAGACCUGGGAUCAGUGUUUUUGUUUAUAAGAUCAAAUAUGACCUCAUUAUGUGAGUGUGAGCUUUGGACCACAAAACCUCAACAACACUAAUCCUCAAUCAGCUGUUUCACUAAAAUUACAUCCAAGUAUAAACUGAUCUCAUCGUUCAUGCAUCACUUUGUAGCUGACAGAUGGUUAUGGACAUUCCUGGUUGCCUAGGUAACCCUCUAAUGUAUUAACUACUGGUACAUUUGUCACUCAGCAGUACGAUUUACUCUCAUUGCUAGUUGUUUCAGUAGUUCUUAAAGAUAAGAAAAGUUUACCUUGGUACUCAGUCACUUCAAAUCACUGAUCAGUUAUUUCCUCGUCUGAGUUUCGUUGACCUUUCAUGACCUCUGACUCCUGCUGUUCUCUUCCUGUGUGAACACUUUUCACUGGAACUGAAAAUCUGAGUUUCUAUGAAGUCCUUUAGAUUGCAGAUAAUCACAAGUCUGACUGAGGAUCCAGUGAUCAGGGACAACUGAACGGCCUCUAACUGCAAAGUAUUAGUAGUUUAUUUUACUGUUUGCUAAAAUAGUUGCACAUGUAUCAGUAUUACAGGCUUUUAGUCAUUUGUUUUGUGUGUCUGACCUUCUAAAUGUGUGUGUGCUCUGAUAUAUUCAACUUAAACUGAACUAUAUUCAACUUGGCAGAUAUCCGGCAUCACAUUUUUUAAGGCUCUAGUGUGGUCGGCUUUCUCCGCAUCUGUCAUAUACUGGGUCAUGUUAUUGCCUGUGUUGAGCGGGUGGGCAUUGCAGCUUUACGCCAUAUGAUAUGCUUUGUGGCAGGGCUGCCUAUUGGCAGUUCUACUCCUAGCUGUCGCACCUGUUGUUUUGCCGUCAUAACUGAUGCUGAGCAUAUGUUCAAUAAAGCAGUGUUAUACGAAAAGCUGCCGAAUGGUCAUUCUACAUGGUGUCAGAACCAACCCGGACCAUCACCGGAAUAAUGCCAUAAGGGAGGAAACAAUAGAAUGGCUAAGUUUAAUCGCCCGACAAGCUUCCCCUUCAAUGAGCCGACGGAAUGGAGCGCUACGGGAUGGCAACGAAACUUCACAAAGACAAAGGACAAGUACAGGUGAGCUGCCUAAUCUAUGCGAUGGGCAAUGAAACAGAGAAUGUUUACAAGUCACUCACCUUCACCGCCGGUGAAAGUCGUGACGACUUCGCCGUCGUAAUGAGGAAGUUCGACGAGUAUUUUUUCCCGUAGAGGAACAUUAUACAUGAGAGAGCAUGUUUUCAUCGGUGUGUCCAGCGGCCAGGCGAAACGGCGGAGAGUUUUAUCCGAGCCCUGUAUGACCUCUCAGAGCACUGUGAGUUUGGUGCAUGUAAAGAGGAAAAUAUCUGUGACCGUAUCGUGGUCGGGAUACGAGACAAGGACCUCUCCCGCAGGUUACAGCUGAUGAAGGACCUCACGUUGGCGUAAAUGAAUCAGAUCGUCAGACAGUCAGAGGAGGUCGCAGCGCAGGUCAGCUUAGUACAGGAAGUACGGGAUAAACGGAAAAGCAUGGACAGGAUAUCACAACAACAAAAGCGUGGCAGGCUACCUGCAGAGAAAAAAUGGGCGGGGAGUGACAAGAAAUGCGGCAAAUGUGGGAAGACACAACAUGCCGGGGACGAGAGGUGCUCGGCAGCAAAAUCUGUUUGCCAUGGCUGCAGAGAAAUGGGACACCGGGCUAGGGUGUGUCGUAAUACCAGAUCAGUGAAUGAGGUUACUGAGACAGACAAAAGCGAGCAGGCCUCAUACUUUCUAGGCUCAGUGUAUAAUGCAAAAUGAAACAGUGAAGCAUUGACUGUGCAGUUACUGCUAGACUCUGCCCCAGUAGAGUUUGUUAUUGGAAAUAAGAUGAA